AUGGCCUCCGCCGAUUCCAGCCAGGCCGCCGAGGCUGCGGCCGCUGCUGCUGCUGCCGCCGCCGCAUUCAGGUCGCUCACCAUUGAGAUCUGGACACUCUACGCCGUGGCCGCCUCCUCCACCUUCCUACGCACCUACGCUCGUGUCAGGGCCGUCGGCUGCAAGGGCCUGGGGUGGGAUGACUAUCUCGUGUGGGUUGGCGUGAUCUUCUACACGUGCCAGUCGGCCUUGGGCUGGAGCAUUGGCAACUCGGCCAAUGGACUCGCCAACAACGACAUGACCCCUGAGCAGCGAGCGUCCCUCUCGCCAGAUACCCAGGAGUACCAGAUGAGAGUCCUCGGUUCGCAAAUUCAAGUCGCCGGCUGGACAGUCUACUCGUGUCUGAUCUGGGCCCUGAAGCUGUCCAUGUUGGCCUUUUUCACUCGACUGACCCCCGAUCAAACAGAUACUGACCUCGUCCAGAACGGCCUCGGGCGCCCCUAUCGCAUCCGCAUCAACAUUGGCUUUGCCCUCGUGCUGGGUACCUUUCUCGCCGCCAUCCUGGCCAUCUUUGUCGGCUGCCGACCCUUCAACCAUUACUGGCAGAUCAACCCGGACCCGGGCAACUCUUGCCAGGCCGCCAUCUCCCGACCCAUCAUCUGGACCUCCUUUGCCGCCAACGUCACGACCGACAUCUACCUGAUCCUCAUCCCCUUGCCGAUGCUGUGGAAGUCGACCCUGCGCACGGCCAAGAAGAUUGCCUCGUCCAUCGUCCUGGGCGCCGGCAUCUUUGUCCUCGUCUGCGCCACGCUCAAGAGCGUCUUUGUGCUCGUUGACCCCGUCAACGGCGCCCAGCUCGCCGGCUCGUGGGGCAUCCGCGAGGCCUUCACCGCCGUCAUGGUCACCAACCUGCCCAUGAUCUUCCCCCUCUUCAAGACCUGGAUCAAGCCCUGGUUCGCGAGCGCCCUCCGCUCCACCUCGCAGAAGAAGACGUACGAGCUGCGCAACCCGUCCGGGUUUCGCACCAUUGGCGGCGGCACCGCCGGCGAGGGCUCCGGCCCCAGCCACGCCUACAGCAAGAACCGCAGCCGGACGGGUCACGGUACCGGCGCUGGUAGCAGCUCCCACGCCAUGAGCACCAACAUGACCUUUGACAAUGACAGCGAGGAGAUGAUUGUCGAGGAGCACAAGAUGGGCACCAUCCAGGUCACCGUCGACAAUAACAACAAUAAUCCUACAAGGCAGCAGGGCCACCCGGCUACAGGCAUCAUGGUGUCGAACCAGGUCGAGGUCACGCAUGAAGACAGGAGUAGCCAGGUGAGCGACGCCCAGACGCAAAAGGUGCGCGACGCGUGGUAG